CACACUAUUUCUGUUCUGGGUUUGUGGUGAUCCGAAGAUGGACGACGAAUUGCUGGAAUUGCAGAGACAAUUCGAGUUUGCGCAGCAGGCAAAAUCCAGCGUCCGAUUAUCCGACCGAAACGUCGUCGAAUUGGUCCAGAAGCUUCACGAGCUCCGCAUCAUCGAUUUCGACCUUCUCCACACCGUAUCCGGCAAAGAAUACAUCACUCCUGAGCAAUUGAGGCAUGAGAUUGUGGCGGAGAUCAAGAAAUCAGGGCGUGUUUCGUUGAUUGAUCUGGCGGACACUAUCGGCGUUGAUUUGUACCAUGUGGAGAAGCAAUCUCACCAAAUUGUUUCGGACGACCCGGAGCUAAUGUUAAUUCAAGGGGAAAUUAUAUCGCAAUUUUAUUGGGACUCCGUUGCCGAAGAAAUCAACGACAGGCUUCAAGAAUGCAGUCAGAUUGCUCUAGCAGAACUCGCCGCACAGUUGAAUGUGGGUUUAGAAUUGGUUGCCUCAGUGUUGGAGCCACGCCUUGGCACUUUGGUGAAAGGUAGGCUUGAAGGUGGGCAAUUGUAUACUCCUGCUUAUGUUGCUCGUGUGAGUGCCAUGGUUCGUGGUGCUUCCAGGGGUAUUACAGUCCCAACAAAUUUGUCAAUGCUGUGGAGUUCUUUGCAGCAACUACUGCAAGAAAUGGAUGGCACGACUGGUGUUGCUGUUGAUAAUUCGUUUUUCCAAUCCCUGUUUAAUGGGCUUGUUAAGGAAGGACAGAUUCUGGGGUCACUUCGAGCAGGAGUUCAUUGGACGCCCACUGUCUUCGCUGUUGCUCAGAAGGAAUGCAUUGAUUCAUUUUUUUCACAGAAUUCUUUUAUGAGCUAUGAGGUUCUUCAAAACCUUGGCAUUCCCCAACCUAUUCAGUUUCUGAAGUCCAGGUAUCCUGAAGGUACAGCUUUAGUUUCUACAUUUGUUCAUCCCUCAUUGAUUGAGAUUUUGGAUGCUGCUGCUGAGGAUACUCUUGAACGUGGUAGCUGGAUUGAUGCUCUCUCUAUCUUACCUGCAUCCUUUGGGUCUCAAGACGCAUUUAAACUUUUGUCCCUUUGUCCUUCCGUUCAGUUGGCUCUAAAGUCUAAUAAGGCAGUUAUUUUUGGAGAGUCCUAUCUAUUUAGCGAUGGCUUUAUUAAGGAUGUGUACGAUCGCCUGGAGAAGGAGAUGGAAAAACUUAGCGUUUCAGAAUCUUCUGGUGCCAUUCUGUCAGGCGAUCUGCCUGAUACUAAAGUUGGACAUGAUUCAAGCAGGUUUACUGACUUAGAUGAAACUGGUAGUGAGAUGGGCAGUAGUCAACAUGCCACUGAUAGAGGGUCAAAGAAAAAAAGAGGCAAGUCAUCUGGGACUGUGGCAGCAAGUGAAACAGAAAGUCGUAUAAAAACCCAGGAAAGUGCUACUUCAAAAUCUAAGAAAAACCAGAGAAAAGGCAAGGAUACCUCUUCUUCGCAACUGUCAGACUCAAAAGCAGCUGUUAAGAAGCAAUCAUCUAAAACAACAGAGGACAAUUACAACAUUCCAUCAGAAGAAUGGAUAAUGCAGAAAAUUGCAAAGCUGGUUCCUGAAUUUGAAGAGCAAGGUAUUGAUGAUUGUGAGACAAUUGUUAGACCUUUAGCAAACUAUAUGAGACCUAAGCUCGUCGAAUUUUGGAAGCAGAGGAGGAAGGCAUUGUUUACAGAAAAUGCAGAGCAAAUGAAAAACUUGCUUGACAAUUUGCAAAAGAAGCUUGAUGAGUCUUUCUUGAACAUGCAACUUUAUGAAAAAGCCUUAGAUUUGUUUGAAGAUGACCAAUCAACUUUAGUCAUUUUGCACCGGCAUUUGUUGAGAACUACAGCUUCAGCUAUUGCAGAUACUCUCAUCCAUAACUUGGAUAUGCACAACAAAUUAAAGAAUGGAGUUGAAGUUGAGCCUCAGACUUCAGAUUCUGUUUCACUUAGUCCUGGAGAAAGAACAGCAAUGGCUAAGAGUUUUCCCGGAUCUCUUUCGAAUAUGGCUCUUGCAGUGGCUGAAGCUCUGGAAGGAAAGCGGGUGGAAACAUUCAUGAUUGCACUAAGAGCUAUUGCAGAAGAAAGCGGAUUAAUCUUAAGAAAGCUUGACAAGAAAUUGGAGAGAACACUUCUGCAUUCAUAUAGAAAGGACUUGACAUCUCAAGUUUCUGCCGAAACAGAUCCAGUUUCUCUUCUGCCAAAAGUCGUUUCACUAUUGUAUAUACAGCUUUAUCACAAAGCUCUUCAAGCUCCUGGAAGGGCCAUUUCUGUUGCUAUUACUCGGCUAAAGGAUAAAUUAGAAGAUUCAGCCUACAAGAUCCUAACAGAUUACCAAGCGGCAACUGUGACCCUCUUGGCACUAUUAUCUGCUUCAACCGGCGAUGAAGAAGACUGUACAUCUGAUAGAAUUUUAAGCAAAAGGGAGCUUCUCGAGAGUCAAAUGGCAGCCCUGAAACGCCUGGUCUUGACCGCUUCUCAAUCUUGAAUCAAGUUUCUGGGUGGAUACAAGACAAUCAACGGAUACAUACUAUUGGUGCUAGAUUUUGAGCUGUAGUCUUCCUUUUUUUUUUUUUUUUUUUUUUUUGGGUAGAGUUAAAACGUUUCAGAAACAAGGUCAUACUUUCGAGUGAAAUGGUGGGAACAGAUAACGUUGUAUGAUGGAACAAGACAAUUCUUUGUUUUUCGGAAAUUCUAAUGUUAGUCACGAUCUCUAUCUAAAUUGCUAACCGUGUUAGAUUG